UCGAUAAACAUCAGUUUUUCGUUCGCAAUCGAUUUUUCGGUUUUCGCGUCUCGUUAAUUAAUUAAUUAAAGAGUAAUUAUGCAUUAAUUAUGCUCUAUUUCGGUAUUUAUCGGAUAUUUCGAACAUAGUGCGGUAAACAAUCGAUGAUUCGGUGUUCUGUGAUCUUCAAUUGUGGCAAAAUUCGUUGAAUAAUCACCGGUUCUUCUUCCCUGAAAGUUCCAGCUUUUUGUAUCAAGUCUACGUAAAAUGCACCACAACCUCGUCCGCUCGCUACUGCCCACAUAAACACUCUUCAUCUCCAAUCUGCAUCGUCACCAUCUUCCACCAUGGACCUGUUAUACGCCAUAUCUCGUAAACACGUCGGUAAAGCUCAAUUCUACAACGACUUCAUGGACGUAGACGAAGAAGUCAAAGGUCUAAUACGAAUCUCUCAAUCGAAUAUCAUCGCAUGGGUCACCAAAUACGAACUGAACGAUCCGUCUGAUUUGAGCCUCGGUUCACGAGUCUACGUAGCUGAUCUAAACAUGCCCUGGAAUUUCCACAAAAUCACAUCACAACAGAACAUGGUCACGUUACUAGAAUGGGAUCUGUGCGGCGAGAAUUUACUAAUCGGCGAUGAUUCCGGUACCAUUACCAUAUGGUCGUAUCGAGAUUACAUUUUCAACGAUUGGAGCUGCUUAGGAAGUGUAAAUUUACUCGGAGAGAAUAUGAUUGGAGGUAUUUUCUUCCACACCGGUCGUAAAAUCGUCCUUAAUCCAAAUCCUGAGAAAAAGAAUAGCGAGCAUUAUUUCGAAAAGUUUUGUAACGCGAGAUACAUGCCUACGGUCAAGUUACUGGGCGGAUCAGCUCUAGACGGGUGUCUAGUGGUUACUUCGACUGGAUUAGUCGUAGCUUGUUUGAUAAUAGGAGACGCAGCUACUCCUCUAGUCACAUUAACCGAUAGUAUAUCUCCGAUCAGGUAUAAAAUCUCGGUACUGGAUAUCGCUUAUAGUAAACAUGGCACUUUGAUCGUCGCUACGAGCUGCGGUAGCUUGAAAAUGCCAAUCAAAUGUUACGAAAUAUGUAUCAAGUACACGAAUAAGAAAACGUACUCGAUGACUUGUCAACCUCUGCCCGGAUUUUUCCUGGAUACGUCGAAGAUAGAAACGAGUACUCGGAAUUGGACCAUAUCGCAUUUGAAAUUCGUCACCAAAGAUAGCCCUACGAGUUUAAUAAUCGCUGCUACAAACGGUACUACGAGCACGAUACAAGUUUACGACGUUCUAGCUGAGAAAGAUCAAUCGAAUCAGAUGUUCUGCGAAUCCAUGAUCACCAAUGAUCCAGCUAAACCGCUCAGUUGGGAUUGUAAAGCGAGUAUAUCGACCGAGAGUCCGAUUGCAUCGAUCAGUACGCCGAAAAGCUCACUAACCUGUAUACCCGGAGCACCUUGCAAUAUUAUUCUAGCUUUCAAGAAUAACAGAGUUAAAAUAUUCUCCAGAUCAUUGAAGGACGAAAUGUCUUAUAACUUCGAUUACUAUUGGGAUACCAAAGACGCUAGAAAAGUAUUCAAUAAUUUAUGUAUCGCCGACGCAGAUACUUCGAUGAUGGGUAACGUAGUCGUAGUGCUCGAUAACGUCGGUAAUUUCUACGUUCUUCAAAUUCAACACGUAUCAGACCACAAUAUCCAGUCAGCUGUCUCGUACGCGGUAACUCAACUCGAAUAUUGCCUCAUCUCCGGCUACGAUUUCUGGGACGUGGCCAUCUCACUCAAACAACACAUACUCGAGAAAGUCUGCGAAGCUUUCAGCGAUUCGUUCAACAAACAGUCUCCUGCCGUUCAGCAGCUCGAAUACGGAGGCUAUCUCAGCAUGAAAGCCUUCCUAUACCGACUCUCCAGUAAAACAUCACAAAAACAUCACGAUCUCGUCUUCCUGCUAACUCUGCAUUCGAUUUCGGUAGCUUUCAAAUCACUCCUACGACCCAACGAGCUCACCAAUUCCGAUAAAGCUCCGGGUGAAAGCUUAUCAGCUGUUUUAUCCGAAUCCUCCAUCAUCGACAUGAACACCAUUAUCGUAAACAUCGAUCCGAAAGAAUUCACAAUCGAACCGAGUAAUAUCCAGUCAAUGCAACAGCUCAUCCAAUGGGUAGCUCAUUUAGCUCUGAAUAUCCUCGCUCGUAUUCCAGAACACCAUAGAACCUCCUCUGGUUACGAUAUCGUCACCGAUAACCACGCUUUAAAUAUUCUCAGAGAGGUGCUAGUAAUCGUACGAUUUUGGGGCUUUCUACGAACAUCCUGUUUGCCUGUUUUCGUUCGGAAUGUCGGUAACUUCGACGGGCUCUCUACGCUGUUCAGACUAAUCUCUCGUUUAAUCCAAUGUAAUCAGAAUAACGAGCUGGAUGAAACCUUCAUCGAAGAAUGCUACCUACUCCAGAAUCAAGUCCAUAUUCCAACCAUAGCUUCUACACCGACUGAAAUUUGCGACGUGGCUUCACCAGCCUUUCAUCGCCAAUCGUUACCACUUCAGUUUACAUUUGGCCUGGAACCUGAUACGAUUACUUACGAAAUGGAUACAUUUACUUUAGAUGGUACCUCGAAUGUGUGUCAAAACUCGGAUAUAAUCAGACACGUGUAUUUGGGCGAUAGUAAUCCUCAUAAAGUUAAACAAUGUAACCGGUGCCAAGGCAAGACGCAGAUUGUCAACGUGGGCAAAAGCGUAGCGAUCAGAUCGUGGGAAAAUAGAUGGAUUAGAUCGUGCUUAUGUGGUGGCAAGUGGAGGUUCAUCAAAACGGUCAAGUGUCCGUACGGUUCCGUCAACUUCAGGAAUAUUUAAAUUGAUGCGCAGCCCUUUUAUUCGGAGAGAUAUUCGGUUCCGUGUUGUUGACCAAGUCAGCGAAAGUUAAUUGAUUUCAAAGAUGCUGGUCAGUGGUCACCAAAGGCAAGUUCGCUCAUGAUUCCAAGGAUCUUCGGAUCUUCCUGGCUGGGUUCAUUCGUUGAUUAUUGGGGCUUCCACAACGAUGGUUCAUAUUUUCAUCAAUGUGUUAAAUGGAUGAUCGCAUUGGAUUUGGAAGGAUUUUGAUUUUUUGUUUGUUUUUCUUUUUUUUUACCCAGGUAUAUAAAUAUUUUGAAAAUAGAUCUCACGAGUCACGAGUGAAUUUUUAGCGUAAGAUGUAUUCAUUCGUUUAUUAAAAUAAUCAUGUUUUGUUGCAA